AUGCAUUGCAGGUUUCGUGAUGUGACGCCGGUUCUUGCAUCUGCAUACACCUUCGGCCUCUCCUGCAGUUGGCUCCAGGGCCUGUUGCAUCGAGUAUCCGAGCGAAGGAACAGCGUCAUGAGAAAGCCCCUGGCGAUGGUGAAGUGCAUCUUCGCGCUUCUGUCGAUCUGUGUGGCACAGCCUCAUCAGGCAACGACUGCAAGAUACCACGAGCAGCUCCAGGAUCAUUUCGACUUGGAGAACAACAGCACGUGGCCGCAAGCAUACUACGUGAAUGCUACGUACUGGAGGCCGGGCCGCAAUUCGCCUAUCUUCCUUUGUGUUGGUGGAGAGGGUCCGCCCCUGGAUAGCUCUGUUGUCGUUCACUCAGUUCAUUGCAAUCUUGCGGUGGAAUGGCGUCGAGAAAAGCGAGCGUUGAUGUUCGCCUUGGAGCAUCGGUAUUACGGUUGCCACAACCGUUCUGCAUGUCCCGUAAGCGAUCUUUAUGCUCCAGACUCUCUGCGGUAUUUGUCUUCACGGCAAGCAGUUGAAGACAUUGCUCACUUUGUGAGGGCCAUGAACGUCGAGUACAAGCUGGCAAGCCACAAUCUUUGGAUAACAUGGGGUGGGAGCUACCCAGGGAUGCUAGCGGGGUGGUCUCGGCUGAAGCAUCCCGGCCUCAUCCACGCCUCCAUUGCAUCUUCUGCACCCGUUUCAGCGACCUACGACAUGCCCCAGUACUUGGACCACGUGGCUUACGCCUACACAGUCUCGGACGAAGGUGUCGGAGGCAGCCUUGCUUGCAGAGACUCAAUCAGAAAGGGACAUGCAUGGGUCGAAGGCAGAUUCCAAGCAGGCGAUCUCAAGGCCAUCACUGACAAGUUUGCUUUAUCUCCAGAGAGCCUCUCUUCCCAGGACAGUCGUGUCGCCUUCGCCGCCAGCGGUGUGGCUGACUUUCCUGCCCAGGAAAACGACCCCCUUUGUGCAGAGCCGGGCUGCAAUAUUGCCAAAGUCUGUGCCAUCAUGACGAACCAAUCCUUAGGUGAUGAAGUGCAGCGGCUUGUGCAACUUCGAAAGGUCCAGAACAUCUCAGGAUUCCCGCAAACAGGAAUUCUUCAAGUGAGCAGAGCACUGGGCCAGACUUCAUCUUUCCGAGUGGGCCUGCAUGGCAUCUAUCGUCAAGACGCUGAACUCCCAGACUUUUGGUUUUAUCAGACAUGUAAGGAGUUUGGAUUCUACCAGACUUGUGCAGCUGGCGGCGGUUGCAUGUUCGUCCGCGGUUUGGCAAAUGCCAGCUACUAUGCUGCUGGCUGUAUGAAGCAGUUUAACAUCAGUCUUGAGGAGGUCCAAAACAACAUAGAUGCUACAAACGAUCACUAUGGCGGCAAGGAGCCGCUUGAUGACAAGGGUAAGUUGGGAAGCUGUGUGAUGUUUCCGAACGGUCAGGUGGAUCCUUGGUCCACGCAAAGUGUGCUCCAGUCCCCAAGCCCAGAUCUGCCGGUCUUGAUGGUCCAGGGAGCUUCACAUCAUGCAUGGACCUGGCCAUCACGGCCAGAGGACCAGGAGAGUGUGCUGGCCGCUCGGACGAGCAUCCGGCAACAAGCCGAUGCUUUCCUGAGAAGGCCCUGCAAAGAUACCCUGGACAACGGCCACAAGCAUCGCGAUUUAUUGUGGAUCCUGGUCUGCGCUGGGGCAGGUAGCAUUGUCUUUGCUCUCACCAUCAUCUGUGCCGUGCGACGGUGCCGGAGACCUCAAAGAGAGGGAUUGCUAGCAUCGAACAUUAGUUUGCAGAACAGAUAG